GCUACUCGGUCUAUUUCAAAAGUGCAGAGAUUAUUAGCUCGAUGAGGCAGGUUUGCCAGUCGAUACCUACACAGGCUCGACAUGAUGAUCACCAAUCGAUUACCCUUGCUGAAAACUUUAAACAGCUCAAGAUAGUAAAAGUAUCUAUGUGUUACUCACAGUAAGCAGACCGGAAUUCUUGAACAACAUCGCUUCAUGUUCUGCAUUGGAUAGAAGCAGGGAUCUCCGGAGGAGAAUGCACGGAUGAAUGUUAUAUAACUCAAGCAUCAUACAGGAUUGAAAUCUGCAUUCCAAUCCUCACAGCUUUUACAACUCUUGUAAAUUUCCAACUCAGCAUGCGGCACAUAAUUCAAUUCCUUACGGGAAGCAUUUUCCUAGCUGCUUGUGUAAAUGCUCUGCCGGUUCCCAACAUGAUAGAGAGUACGUCGCUAUGUCAGACAAAUGUCGCAGAAGACUAAUAAUUUUCUCAGAGCGGGAUCGUCUUCUCGAUUAUGCUAAGGCCCACAACAUUGUAGUUCCCACCAUGGGAGCUGCCUUUGAAGGGUGCUCCAACUGCUCAAUCGAGUAGUCAUAUCCGAAAUGUAAGCAAAGGCGAAAAUACCGUUCCAUCAUUUAUGCUAAUUAGCUUACUAGGUUGUCUUUCUCCACUUCUCACGAUUUGGUGGCGUGGUUUUUAUCAUCACCAGUCUUCAAAACAUCGGCUUAUCAGAAUUAGUGCAGUGGAGGGGUGGUUUUCGUAGUGUAGAAGUGGAUACACUCUGCAAUGUACACUCUCUCUGUGUUUUAAAUUUAAGAUGGGUUUCUCAACACCGCAAUUGGAACUCUGUGCUAUGCUAUCAAGCACGAUGCCUCGUUCACUUAACUGUAUCCAAUCACUCCCCAGUUUCAUUUGGGGUCUAGUGAAUGUAGCAACGCGAGCCUUGACUAAAAGUUGAAAAUAAACCACUCAUC